UUCAGGAAAACAAAGCCAAAUAAUAAAUAUGUUUCGUGCCUAAAAGCUAAAUCGGCCACCUAAGACCGGUGAAAUCCAAGUAAAAUGUUAAAAUGGCAAAUAAUGCUAAUAAAUCUUGCAGCUUAUUUAAUGACGAAUUUUUCGACGACUCCACACUUUUGGCAAAUUUCGAAAAUUCAGAUUUUAAAGAUACAGUAGAGCCUCAGAAAAACGCUGACAAAAGUUUCCUUAAUAUCAGUGCCCUGUGUUGUGAUGAAGAAAUCAGUGGGUACGACAAAAUUACAGGCAAAACAUGGAUCUACCCUACAAACUACCCAGUAAGAGAUUACCAGUUCAACAUUAUCAAAGCUGCUAUCUUGAAAAACACUCUUGUGAGCCUCCCAACUGGAUUGGGUAAAACAUUCAUAGCAGCAGUUAUUAUGUAUAACUAUUAUCGCUGGUAUCCUCUGGGUAAGAUUGUGUUCACCGCACCAACUCGUCCACUGGUUGCCCAACAGAUUGAGGCCUGCUAUAAUAUUGUUGCCUUGCCCCCUGCAGACACUAUUGAAAUGACAGGCCACAUGGCAGUCAAUACAAGAAAGACACACUGGCAAACAAAAAGAGUAUUCUUCGCAACACCACAAGUUGUGUACAAUGAUAUCAAGUCAGGUAUUUGUCCGGGACGGGAAAUACGAUGCCUUGUUAUAGAUGAAGCGCAUAGAGCGAGAGGCAAUUAUGCGUACUGUCAAAUAGUUUCCACACUAACUGAUAUGGGACAUACUGUGUACAGGGUGCUUGGAUUGUCCGCCACACCAGGAAGUAAACUUGAAGAUGUUAUAAAUGUAGUAAAAAGUCUACACAUAGCUCAUUUAGAGUUGCGGACAGAGGCCUGUAUAGAUGUUGCAGCGUACACUCAUUCGCGAAAAAUUAACACAGUUGUAAUUCCGCUGGGGCCAGAACUCACGCUAUUAAGAAAACAGUAUGUUGAGAUUUUAGAUGGAUAUGCGAGAAGGCUCAAACAGUUCAACAUUCUACCGCAAAAUUUGGGGAAUUUGUCAAAAGGUCGCAUUGUGAUGCUAUAUAAAGAAUAUCAAACGAGAGAUCGCAGUGCCAGGCAUCCACAGCACAAUUACAUAAUGAAAGAUUUCACAUUAAUUAUAUCUUUAUAUCAUGGUCUCGAAUUGCUCGUGAAACACGGAUCUAGAGUUUUCCUUAAUUUUUUCGAUGAGCACCCAGAAAAGUCUUGGAUUCAAACGGACGAUAAACUAACGUCUCUACUAGAGAGAUUGCGUGAUGACCUUGGAAUCGAUCCGCUCUCUUUAGACAGAAGCAUUCUGCCUGAUGGAACUAUACCUGAAAUGCCAAAAGAAAUAAUUUAUGGCCAUCCCAAAUUUUAUAAGCUAAAGGAAAUCAUAUUGGAACAUUUUAAUAAAGCAAAGCAGAAGGGACAAGAUACUAAAGCUAUAGUGUUUUGCGAGUAUCGAGAAAGCGUGAACUUAGUCCACUGCUUGCUACUACAAUGUCGACCGCUAAUAGUUCCGCAAAUGUUCGUGGGACAAGGCGCUUCGGGCAAGAACGGCAAGGCUGUUGUUUCUCAGAAGCAGCAAUUGCGUGUGAUGCGCAGCUUCCGAUCGGGCGAGUGCAACACGCUAGUGUGCACAUGCGUCGCGGAAGAAGGGCUGGACGUAGGCUCCGUCGAUCUUAUACUCUGUUUCGACAUCUCUACGCGAUCGCCAGUACGUCUUGUACAGAGAUGCGGUCGUACUGGACGCGAGCGCGGAGGGCAAGUUCAUAUCUUGGUCACCGAAGGCCGGGAACAUCAGACACUGCUAGAUUGUAUGCGGCAGAGAGAUGGUCUGAACAAGAAAAUAUUGCAAUCAAAAGAAGUUGAAAAUAACUUGUACAAAUUAAACCCCCGCAUGAUUCCUCGUGAUUUCAUACCAGAGUGUCAGAAAAUGUACAUAACCGUCCCGAAUAAUGGCAACAAAAAAGAAAUUAAACUGGCCACAGCAAAAUCAAAAAAGAGUCAAAAGGAUUUAAGAAAUAUGUUAUUAGGUAGAGCAUCCACCAGUAAAACCGACGUGGUCAAAAUGGAUUUACAAAACAAAGAUUGGCCAUCGAAAGACGAAUUGGACGCAAUAUUUCCGAAGCCUGUGGAAGGUUGUUUAAUGAGCAAAGAAAUGUUACAAAGCCAAGAGGAGCAAGAUUCUGUUCAGAAAAUGACAACUUUGUUGGAGUUGCAGAAAACUUUACAAGAGACCGUUAGCAUUGGACACUCGGUAGACACGAAUAUACUGACUGAGCCUCUACAGCACCAUAAUAACAAACGGCUAAACCUACCCCUUGCUAACCAAAAUCUAACGCCCAAUGCCGAAGAUCAAUUCAAAAGUAUCACAACUUCAUCACCUAGUAAGUUGAGACAAACUAAAAAGAAGCAAAAUCUCGCUUCAUCGAAGUCUCCAAUUAAAAAUGGUGACAUAAGAGCUUUAUUUAGUACAGCUACCAAAUCGACAAAAAAUUACACCAAAUUAAUUAACGAAAUCGAUACAGACGGUAAUUUGCCUACACGAUUUAUAAGUCUGUUGGUUGACUUAUCUGUGGAACAAGCAAGUUUUGUAAAGCAAUGUUAUUUUUGUCAGAAUGUAUGUAACUGUUUGGUUUUUCAAAAGUUUAAAUCGAAAAAGUCAAAUCCUUUUACAAUAUUUAAUGGAAAAUCACCUUACUUACCAGAUAUAAACUUAAUUGAUAAUCUAAACGCUGAAAUGUUACUGACAUAUGUUAAAAGUAAGUCGGAUAUUGUACUGGAUUCUUUAUGCCACGAAAUAAAAGCUCAAAAUAUACCUGAAGGUAAUAAUGAAUUAGCUAUAAAUUUCGAUUUACAAUUUGAUUUUGAUUCUAUUAGCAAUUCACCUGAAGAGAGUAAAAUAAGUACGAAAAAUUGUGAAGUUGCCAAGGAUAAAAAUUUUGAUAUUGGUAAUUUGGAUGACAUAUUUGCUGACAGUAGUCCACCUGUAAUAAAAGAAAAAAAAAAUGAAGAUUCAAGCGAUCCCAACAAGACAUUAGAAUAUUUUGGAUUGGGGAGCUUUGACGAUAUUUUUGCAGAAUCUGAUGACGAAGUUUCAGAUAAAGCAGUUUCCAAAAAUGUUGCAAGCGAUUCAUUAAAUAAAACUAGCAAAUCGCACAACAGUUCUCCUGAAAAAUCAGUUGAAAUAAUAGAAACAAAUGCAAAUUCUCCUUUAAACGUACGACCGGCGAGCCCUUCUAUAUUAUCUGGUAGAAUUAAACAAAUCGAAACACCAUCCACGUCACCUAUUCUUUGUAGUCAACCCAAUAAAUUUCAAAGUACGGGAUUAAAUCGCGUUCAAAGUUCCACACCUGUAACCUCUGUGAAAAAAAAACUUUGUUUAGGGACUCGAAAAAAAAUAAAAGAACCUAAAAGAUCACACACAAAUAUAGAAUUAGAUGCUGUCUGUACCAGUAACAAAAGUAUGUUUACGAUAACACAACUUGUCAAUAUGAUAAAUCAAUCGGAUGGCAAAAGUCCAUGCCAAUCAAAACAUCGUACCAACUGCAAUGAAUCAACUCCUGAAAACAUCAAACGAAAAGUAUCUGGUAGGAGCUCCUCGCCCAUAUUUCUAACUCAGCGUGACAAGGAGUCAAUUAUGUACGAUGUAAAUAAAACCAUUUGUAAAUACACGGAUUGCAAAGAAAAAGCUAUUCAAGAUAAAUCUAAUAAUGCGACUGAAAUGGAGAAAUCACCGAUAUUUUUGACUCAACAAGAUAAACAGAAAAUUGACUCAAGCAACUUUCAAGAACGAAAAAAAUCAAAUUCCAAAACUAAUACCACUCUAAGUAUUGUUAUUCCUGACAGUGACAGCGAUUUCGAUGACAUUAUGGAAAUGUCUGAUGAUGAUACUUUCUUUAAAGCUGGUAAUAAAAGGAAUCGCACUCCUAAUAAAAGAAAACUACGUGAAGAAAUCGAUGAUACAAUAACAGCCUCACCAUAUUUUAGUAAAAAACAAAAGUUGGACGACAUUCGCAGUCAACCUUUAACUUUGCAGGAAAAAGUUCUUGCUGCGCUAACGGCUAGUAAAACCGAUUCAUUUAAUGAAAAUGUUCAUGUUAAUUUCAUGAUUAGUACACCAGCUUUUAAGUUUCAAAAAGAAAACAAAGAUCCAUCACCAUUUGAUAGCCCCGAAAAAAUUAGUGAUGGUGAAAAACUACGAAACAAUCUUGCAAAAUUGCAAGUAUUUCGCCGUGAAAGUAAACUAAGUCCACGAAAAGAUAUUAUGAAUGAUAGCACAAACACAUUAGAUCGCAAUUUAUUGUCUUCAUGGAAACUUAGGUUUGAUGACAGUGAUGACGAUUUCGUGGAUGAAAAGGCCAAAAGAAAACCCAAAAUUGAUAACACGGAUAAACGCAUAGUCAAAUACAAAGUGAAAAAAAAGAAAAGCAAAGCGAGCGAAUUUUUAGAUUUAGAAGCAGAAUUUUCAGACGAUGGUGGAAGCGCGAGCGGUGAUGAACUUUCCGAUGAAAGCGUGGGCAGUAUUAUAGACUUCAUCUGUGAUAAAAACGUUUCACACGAUGAAGAAGAUAUGCACGCACUAUAUUUGAGAUCAGUAAAGAGUCCAGUGAAUGGAGUGUUUAAAAUACCCCAAUUACCGAACGCGUACAACAAGCAAGAGGUGCUGUCACAGUAUGUGGAAGAAGAUAAUUAUGAAAUGGAUAGUUUCUGCGUAGACUCUCAUAUUGGAUUAACUCAAGUCAACGAAGUAUCGGAGCUAGAAAUUGCAGAAAUGUUGUUGAAAGAGAAAAGAAAACAUAAAAAAACAUCCCAAGCAGCGCCAAAGGAUGAUGUUGAUAGUCCAAUCAUUAGAAAGAAACGUAAACAUGUUAAAAGGCAAAUAAAAAGUGAUUCGGAAGAUAGCAGUUAGCAUAUCUACUAUUUAACUGAGAUUCAGUGAUUACUUGGAGAUACUGGUCAAGAUCAACCUGUUUUAUCAUUGCAUAACAUGAAGUACAAUAUAAGUAUCAUAUAACACAAGAAAGCCGAUUAAUUAAUUAUGCUAUGAAAAUUAAUGAUUUGUAUUAAUAAUAUGUGAAAUUAGUUUUGGGAUUCACUUUGACACUGCACAUACCUCGUCCUGUCCACAUUUCAAUAGUAAUUAUGUCUGUGGACUUGUGUUUAUAUAAAAAUUACUGUAUUUUUUCGGGUAACUUCCCUCCCUACAAUCAACUAACUGAUCUCGAUGACUCUCAAACGGACACUUAAGGCCUAAAUAAACUAAUAAUAAACGUGACAUAACGUUAGAACAGUUAUGCAAUGUUUUGGCACACUUGGAACUGACAUUUAAAUGUCAGAGCGUGAAAAAACACGGCGUCCAACGUUAUGCCACAUUAAUUAAAAAUAACCCUAAAAUUAAAAUGAUAGUUAACAAGCACACAAAUGGCUAAAUUAGAGUAUUAUAUACCCGUUCAUAGACUAAAAUAAUUUUUAAGUGGUCAUCAGUUAUUGACGUAGAUACUAUUAAGCAAAAAUUAAAAAAAGGACAAUCGUAACUUUCCGUUAAUCCAAUUGUUCUAAAGAUAUGCGUUUUUGAACGAAACAGCAUUUUUAUUUAUAUACCAAGACAAGUAUUUUUAUAUACAUCAAUUAUAAUAUUAUGUCUGCAAAUAUAAAAAGUUUGGUCCCUACUUAGUUGUCUGUACGUUAUCUACAAAUCGUAUCAGAGAUAUUGACUACUCUGUGAUACUAGAAAUAUUGAAUUUUAGUAAUUAGUUAUUUAUUUAUGUUCAGGGGGCUUAUUACCAUCACUUAAAUCAGUAUUAUUUUUAUUAUUAUGAACGCUCUUGUUACAGAAUUAUAAUCUUUCUUUUUGAGACGUUUAAAUGACAAGGGAAAAAGUCAAUUAAAAAUGGUAAUUUUUGAAUUAUACUGUUUUCAGCGAUGUGAGUAAGCCACCAGUUUGCACAAUCUUACGUGUUAGGGCAGAAAUUGGCUUUCAGUGACCUUGGGGUAUGUAUCAAAUGUCAAAAUUGAAUGAGAUCUGUACCUACUGUUAUUUAUUAAUUAUUGUACCUAUUUAAGUGAUUUAUUGUUUAUUCCAUACUGCGAACAAAAUAAAAUAACAAGCAUAGCUACUGCUCAAAAAUAGCCUUACGUAAACAUAGCCUCGGUGGGAGUGGCUCACGAAGUUUGCCGGCCAAUCACGGCGGGUCCCGUGCUGCAUGACAUAUAGAAGAACCAAUCAUAUAUAUUGCGAUUCAAUUCACGUUGCGCGCGCAUAUAGACCGAUUGAAUGAAUGAAUGAAGACACUUUUAUUGUACACCACAUAAAUCAAUUUGUUAGAAAGGGGUCUAUGUUUAUUUCGUUCGCUAAUUCCAUAUAAGACUGACGAGUUAUAAGCAAAGCAGAUUAUUUUUUGUUCACUCAUGUGCUAUGUAUCUAUUCCUCCGAUCCUCCGUUGCGACCUGGAGGUCCUGGAGGUCAGAGAAAACUGACGGACGUCCACUGCUAGAUCCCCAGCCUAUUAAAUUCCCACUGUUGGGGAAAUUCUCUCUCUCUCACAAUUGAAGGAAUCACACGGAAUUCCACGCGGAAUCAAUGCAAUAGUCGAUUCAUCAUCAUAUCAACUCAUUACCGGCCCACUACAGGGCACGGGUCUUCUCCCACAUUGAGAAGGGUUUAGGCCCUAGUCCACCACGCUGGCCUAGUGCGGAUUGGUGGACUCAAAACGCCUUUGAGAACAUAAUGAAGAACUCUCAGGCAUGCAGGUUUCCUCACGAUAUUUCUCUUCAUCGUUGUAGCAAGUAGUAUUUUAAUUUUUAAAUCGCACAUAACUUAGAAAAGUUGGUACGUUGUAACUUAGAUGAGGUUCGUGCUGGGAAUCGAAUUCGGCACCCCGAAAUUGAAACCGAAGCUCUUACUUAGUGUAUCACCGCCUCAACAGUCAACAGUAUUACAUGCUAUAUCUGCUCGUCAACAAUAGGUGUAUUGAAGUCAAUUACCCUUUCAGUCAAACUACACAGUCUUAGAAUCAUGGACCUAAUGAUUUACACGUUCAGCCCAUCCCACCUAUUUUAUUUCACUAGUUUAAAAACUUUAAAAGCGCUCGGUGUAGAUACGAGUACAUCAACACCCAGCAAGCGCUGGGUUUUGAUUGAAAGAGAAAAGAAAACAUAAAAAAAUAUCCAAAGCAGCGCCAAAGGAUGAUGUUGAUAGUCCAAUCAUUAGAAAGAAACGUAAACAUGUUAAAAGGCAAAUAAAAAGUGAUUCGGAAGAUAGCACUCACUAGUUUAAAAACUUUAAAAGCGCUCGGUGUAGAUACGAGUACAUCAACACCCAGCGCUUGGUUCCAAAACGAGCUUAAAAUAAUGAGAAUAAGAGCCUGGAUGACUUAAUCAAUUUGAUCCAAAGUCCUCUACUUCUAUAAUAAAGUGGAGCUAUUCUUAUCGAAAGGAAAGAGUAGGAAAGGAUAGUUCUAAUAUGAUAGAUAGGAAAUUCAAUGUGUGAUCUGAACAUUUUGGAUUAGAUUGAAUAAUUACGGGCGUUAUUGUGAUCGAUGGUAUGAUUUUUAUAUUGCUUAUAUAUAAAUAAGUACCUAUUCGAAAAUGAAUCUCACAGUCUGAAAUGUAUUUGUAUUUUUAUUAUUAUAUUUUUCUCCUUGGCACCCCGUAAACAAGUAUUAUUGACAAGUUUGUGAUGCGUGAGAAGAAUUGAGGUAUUGUUUUCAAUAGUCUUUAUAUUGUAAAGACGACUUUGUGCCUUUAGGAUUAAAACAAUUAGGGGUUUUUAGUAAUUAUGCUGAUUUAUAAUGAGUAAAUUUAUCAAAUUAAAAAUGAU